CACUUCGGUCAACUUCGUCAUUUAGUAGUGAUCGAAACGUCGAUGUGUGUGGAAGUGAAUUUAACUUUUCUAACAAAGUCUCACAAAAAAUAACAAUAACCAGUAACUAAAGUACAAUUUCUUAUUUGAACGUGUUGGAACAAACAUUUACUGUGUAUUAAGUUGUACAAAUAGUAUUCAAAAUGUGUGAUAAUACCAAUCCUUCGACGCAAAGUAUAGCGGACUACUUAGCUCAGUUGCUCAAAGACAGGAAGCAACUGGCUGCGUUCCCGAAUGUUUUCAUGCACAUGGAACGACUUCUGGACGAAGAAAUAGCUAAAGUACGAGCGAGUUUAUUCCAAAUAAAUGGAGUCAAGAAAGAACCCCUCGUCUUACCAGAACCAGAAGGCAUGGUCACUACAUUAACAGAAAAAGUAUACGUGCCAGUAAAAGAACACCCAGAUUUCAACUUCGUGGGAAGGAUUCUAGGUCCCAGAGGCAUGACAGCUAAACAGUUGGAGCAAGAAACAGGAUGUAAAAUUAUGGUCCGAGGCAAAGGAUCAAUGAGGGACAAGAAAAAGGAAGAUGCGAACAGGGGUAAGCCAAAUUGGGAACAUCUGGCUGAUGACUUGCACGUCCUACUCACAGUGGAAGACACAGAAAACAGAGCUAAGAUAAAACUCGCCAGGGCUGUGGACGAAGUCAGACGUCUUCUUAUACCUCAAGCAGAUGGAGAGGAUGAGCUGAAAAAGCGUCAGUUAAUGGAACUAGCCAUUAUAAAUGGCACAUAUCGCGAUUCAAGCGCGAAGGCUGUCAUGCCAGUCAACGGUCAGUGCCUCAUAAUGGACUUCACAGCCGAAGAGGAAUGGCGUCGGGUGGCGGCCGCUGCCGCCGAAACGCAGCGGCUGCUGGCACCGGGCGGCGGCGUGGCGGGCGUGGGCGGCGUGGCGCUGCGCACGCCGGCGCCGCUGGGCGCGCCGCUGAUCCUGUCGCCGCGCAUGUCGGGCCCGGGCGCGCUCAACGGCUCGGGCGGCGCGGCGGCCGGCUUGCUGUCGCCCGCGGAGCCCGCUCACCAGCUUAUCUACGCGUCGCCGUACGCCGAGUACGCCAACUACGCCGCGCUCACCGCCGCCGCCAACCCGCUGCUCACCGCCGAGUACGCCGCCGCCGACCAUACGGGUGUGGUGAGGAGGGCGGGUCGGCUCACGCAAGUGCGGGAGCACCCUUACCAGCGCACAGCUUUGCCGGCGCCCUAAUUCGCCAUUUUGCUCUCACGCCGCCAUUUUGUUCACAAGGUGAGUGCUAACGGCGCCAAGGAACUAACAGCAGCGAGAACGCCCGGCCCUGCCGUAACAUUUACACCUACACCGGAACCGGAACCGGUACCGGACCAUCGACCACCAUGUAGCUAUUGCUGGGCCUUUCACGUUAACAUAUACUAUGUAUUAUAAUAGUCUAACUAUUAACAUUUAUAUGCCUGUUAUGUUUAUAACAUGAUUUAACCUUUAAAUGGCGCACGCCAUCGACUAUAUUUACUUAUUGUAAUUUUUUUGUCGCUUUAUCGUGUUGUGUUUAGCACGAGUUGUUAGGCCCCUGAAGCGCGGUGCUAAAUGUGUUUCAGUUGUGUUUUUAUUUUGUCUGUUUCGAUGUCAAUGUUAAGAAUGUUUUCAGUUUUCUUUUUCACCUUUAGCGCCGUGCAAAUAAACAUUUUUUGAAUCUGAAGUAUGAAAAUAUACCUAUAAGCCAGUAAGUACUUUAAAUCAGAUUGAGUUCUGAAGUAAUAGAGUCUCUAUUUAAUGCAAGUUUGGGCCAGAAAGCUACUUACUGAAUAAAUCAGUGAAUUAAAAAAUAAUCAGUACAAAAAAAUAAAUACGAAGCUAUGUUGUGUGCAGAAAUAUUAUCAAGAUUGCGGUAUUCUCAUGCCAGUGUCAAGUAAGUACUAUUGUUAUUGAAAAUUUCAAUGAAAAUGUAUUGCAUAAACUUUUUAUUGGACUGAUAUUGGAUUUCUAAUGUAGCUUGUUCUUCAUAUACUCAUUGACCUAACAAAUAUAUUUUCGGCAAUAAAUUUAUUUAACAUUAAAACCAAAGACUAAUAUAAUUUUGAGAGCUAUAUUUCAUUCAAAUUUAAAUCGAAGUCUUCCUUACGACCAUUGAAAUGCGGUCAAUGGGUGUAUGAACCUCAUUAUAUCAUUUAGGGAUAUAUUUAUAGUAUUUACAUAUUUUAGUUUUUAAUAUUUAUAGAAAAAAUAAAUAUCUGUGCAUCCCAAGUGCCUUAAUUAUGUACAAUGUUCGCCCACUGUGGUACUAUAAACUGUUAAUUGCUUAUUAAUAAUUAAGUUAGAAGAGAUUAAAUUAUUGUUAACAUUGCUAUUAUGUUAAUCAUUAUAUUAUAUACAGAAUAGAUUUCUAGAAUAUUAAGCACACAGUUGAACAUUAUUAGAAUAUUGCGAUAACGUUAUAACGUUAAUAUAGAUACACAAAAUAACGAACUUAAAACAAAAUCUCUUUGAGAAUCUCUGGAAUAUUAUAUCUCAAGAUGUAAGACUUUUUACAGUCUUAUGAAACUACAAGAGCUUUCUCAGUGCCUUAAAUCUCAAUUGUUGCUUUUAAACCGCAACAUUUGUAUCUUAAAAUUUGUAAGUGUUAUGUAUAUAGCUUACAUAUUAUAUUGUUUAAAGCAAUUAUUAUAACGAUAUCAUCAUUAAGUAACGUUAAGUGCAAUAGAAAUGUUAUGUCUAAUUAAUAUUUUAUUAUAAACAAUCUCAAGGUAAAAUGUGUUUUGCAUAUAUUUUACAAAUAUGAGAUCUGAUAUUGAGAUUAACUAAUAAAUCUACAAGGAUUAUAACGUUACUUCGUAUAAAAUGUCUAUUGCAUAGUUUUUUUAUAUAUAAAAAAAUGUUUACAACAUAAGGUUAGACUACAAUUUAUACUAAAUUUUUAUAAUACAUUUUAGGUGCUUUUCAUGUUAUAAUCUCAAAGUUUUAUUCAUCAAUUAAUUCUACAAGAAGUAGUUACUCGGUCACAUCAGAUCUAUUCAUUACAUGCAUAAAUUAUUUUUCAUCUAUAUUGCCAUCGAUAUUAUUGUAUUUCUUGGAAGUUGUUGACACUCCGUCCAUGAUUAAUAUCAUAAAUAAGUACUUAAAUCUUUUGGUCUCUCGCGCAUAAUGUGAACGCAUUAAUUUGAGAUACCGGCUAUAUUUUGAAAUCACAAGUAGUGUUAACAAGAUAUUAUUAGGAGUAAUUUUGUAAUAACAUUUUCCCGAUUUCUCUGUAACUUAAAAAAUAUAUAGAACCCCGCCAUAGAAUUUUUAGUGGCAAAAAUCAGAUCUAAAAGUGUUUUUAAGAAUAAAAUUGAAAAUAAAGAGUUUUGGAAAGAGAUAUCAAACAUGUUUAUUAAAAUUAUUUUUAUCGAUGACUUAAAUUUUCUGCGUUUCUGAAAUUUUUCUUUCCAUGUUUAUAUUUCAAAAAAUUCAACACAUUUUGUGUUGAGAAAAGUAUAUCUGGAAAAAAUCUUAAUUUUGUACAAAUCUAUUAUAAAAUUACAAAACGAAGCAUUUAACUAUAUAAUAAUGCCAUAAAGCUUCGAAGCAUUAAAAUGUAACAAAAAAAAGUUCUGUCUCUAGUUGUGAUUUACUUGAAAUAAUAAUAAUGUACAAAGUAACAGUCUGCAAGUAAUUAUUAGUAAUAUUGUUAUGUUUCACUGCAAUAACAAUUUGUUUCUUGAAACAUGUAUUGUGCCAUCAACAGACAGGCAUGUCAAUUGUUUUUAUUAAUAUAAAUUUGUACUUAUCUUAGUAAGGCGACUCUAUGAGCUCUGUGGCGCAUCUUUUUAAUUUUAAUCAAGUAUAACAAACAAAAGCAAUCUAUAAGAAACAACUUAUUCCCGGUAGCAUUUUCAAUCCAUAGUAAUAUUUCUGUCUAUAAGAUGAAUAAUAAUAAAAUCUGCUCAGUAUUAAUGCCGUGCCCGUAUAUUAGCGCUUGUGUUAGAUUUUUACCAAAUUGUUUGUUUUGUUUUUCACAAAUACAUUGAUAAAACUGUGGUGGUGGCGCUGGUGGCGCUAGUGUGUGCGUAUGGAGCCUUUAAAAAAGUCAAACAAUUUAAUACUUAAUACGAGUUAAUAAAUACAUGAUAUACAUAACAUAAAGUUCUCUAUAUUACUUUACAACUCGAUAGGUAACUAAAAUAUUUUUGCCUAAAAUAUUAAAGUUAACGGGGGCGCCACUGCGCUAUGGAAGCCUUAAACGGCAAAUCGAGGGCCGUAAAUGAACUUGUACAUAUUUAUGUUUUUUUUUUCAAUAUAGUAUUAUUAUUAAUGGGAAAUUUAAAAAAUCUUGAAUUGUUUUCCAAAAAAAAAACAAAAUAGAGAAUAUUUUUAGUUAAGUGAGAUUGUGCAUAUGUCUGUUUUGAUGUGUGUUUAAGAUGAUUUGGUAUUAGUAAACAUUUUAAAAAGUAA